CAUCGACAUCGCCGCGGCGUCCGACCGGCGCACAGCCCGGCAAACAGUCGAACUUGCGCAAGGCGGCAUCCAGCAAGGGGCUGAACCAUCAGCUGCCCGUCGACCACCCGUUGAUAGCCAUGCUCGAGCGUACGCUGGCCUACAGCCACGGGGUGGACUCAGCGGCGGCUAAAAAUUAUGUAGCCAACGUUUCAAGAACAUUGGCGUACGUGCAGAGGCGUUUGGUGGAGAACAAAACUCCUCCCGAACACUGGUCGGCGUUGGUCACCGUCGACGUCGAUAUCUACAUUGAAUACUUUAGACUACGCGAGGAGAUCGGGCAAACGAAGGCGACAACGAUCAAUUAUUUGAAAAAUUUGCGAAUGCUUUUCCACAACAUUAUGAAUUCGUACGUUCAAGAGGACCCCGCCUUCCCUAAGGAUUUUGAUUUGUCGCCCUGCGUUAAGACGGUCACGGCCAUUAAGUUGUUGGACCACAAGCUGGGACUCGUCUACAAAAGGAGUACGAAGCAACAGCCAGGAGAGUUGUUUACGAGGAAGACGAGAGAGGCCGAAACCCUGCCCGAGUUCGAAGCUGUCGUCGAGUCAUUCCGCAAAAUCAAGGGCACGAUCCACGGAAAUUUGAGGUUGCUGGAAGACAGGUUCGGGAACUCGGGCACGGUGAACGUCCGGAGCGAGAAAAAUAGUCCGCCGGCGGAGAAGGAGCUCUCAAAACUGUGGCGACAGGCUACCUGUGCCCUAGUAAUCGAGCUUCUGUGGACCUCCAAACAACGGAGCGGGGUCGCCGUCGGGAUGACCAUCGGCGAGUGGGAGUGCCGUCGGACAAUGGACACCAGGUCCAUAAUCACCGUAGCCGAGCACAAAACCGGAGACAAGGAGCCCGCCACGCUCGUCCUCCAAGAGGGCAUGGGUGAACUGAUGGAGAGAUAUUAUCGAUUAAGGCUAAGGCUCGGAUACGGAAGGCCCAACUUUUUCGUCACGAACCGGGGUGAAAAAGUCGUAAAGAUUUACGACGACGUCAAUAAAACAUUUGGCGCCCGUCUUUCGGCGACUCUGUUCCGGCGCAUGGUCGAGACAGAGGGCCGGGACCACGACGCUGCGACGUCUUCGGGGGUGGCGAAGGCGUUGCAGCACUCCGAGGACACCGCCAGCCGCUACUACCGUGUGCCGGACGCGGCGGAGGCGAUUCGACGCCAGGGCAACUUGGACCGGGUGGAGCACACGGCUUUACUAAAGAGCUACGUCGAUAAACACUUCGAGGACUUUUUCCCACUUAUUGCACACUCUCCGUUCCCGAAAACGGAAACGGCGAUCGACAAGAUAAAUGAAAGCGACAUAAUGAUCGAUUAUCCGUCGGCGGCCAUCGAUAUGGACUACAUAAUCAAACUACAAGACCGCUAUGACGCCACCCUUCUGGCCGAAAGGGUGGACGUUCUAGCAGAGUUGGUGAAGCUCGCCGGUUUCGACCGCGCGAACGUCUCGGACUACGCCAUAAUAGACGUCGCCAAGAAGAAGAAGGUUCACUUCUUCUUGAAUAACCUCAGAUACCGCAGGACUGCUAAGUGA